GCCGUACGGCAGCACACGAAUAUAAACUCUCCAGACACACAUCCUUGGAGCUCAACACCAGAUUUCCCUUUAUGUUAUUGCUCUCCUACCUAGAGUGAGAGAGAAACUUUAAUCAAGCGAGAUGAAGCAACAGCUGUCGUCGAUCAACACAACGUCGCCGGAGAUCAAAUAUUUAUCUCUCUUUGCCUCCGAUCACCGUGACUUCCUUCUCUCUCCCACCGGAGCUCAGAUUAAGAUUUCCGAGCUUGAAGACAAAAUUGUGGGCAUUUACUUUUCAGCAAACUGGUAUCCACCAUGCCAAAGUUUUACCAAACUCUUGAUCGAAGUAUAUGAGCAAAUCAAAGAGAAAAAUGGAUCAAACUUUGAGAUCGUUUUUGUUUCGUCUGAUGAAGAUUUGAAUGCAUUCAACAACUACUAUCAAUCCUACAUGCCAUGGCUCGCGAUUCCAUUUUCCGAUUUGGAAACUAAGAAGGCAUUGAACAAUAAAUUUGAUGUUGAAGGGAUUCCAUGCUUGAUCAUUUUACAACCCGAUGGUACGAAUAUUAUACAUGAUGGAGUUGAGUUGAUUUACCGUUAUGGUGUUGAAGCGUAUCCGUUCACUAAGGAGAGGUUGGAUGAAUUGUUGAAGGAAGAAAAGGAGAAGCACGAACGACAGACUUUGUCGAAUUUGCUUACAAAUCAUGAUAGAGAUUUUGUUUUGGCUCAUUCAACAUCCAAUGAGGUAUCAGUUUCUUCCUUAACUGGCAAAACCAUUGGGCUCUACUUUUCGGCCCAAUGGUGCCUCCCAAGUCUCAAAUUCACUCCCAAGUUGAUCUCCAUUUACCAAAAGAUCAAACAAAAACUAACCCAACAACAAGAAGACUUCGAAAUCAUCUACAUCUCCAGCGAUCAUGACGAUUUAGAGUUCGACACCUCUUUCAACACAAUGCCUUGGCUGGCCCUCCCGUUUCGUGAUUCCACCCCUAAGGACCUAACCAAAUACUUUGAUAUCCGGGGUAUUCCCAGUUUGAUCAUUUUGGGUCCCGAUGGUAAAACCGUCACAAAGAAUGGCAGAAGUCUCAUUAACUUAUACGAAGAAGAAGCAUACCCUUUUACUGAGGCUCGGGUGGAGCUAUUGGAAAAACAGAUGGAUGAAGAUGCAAAGAAUCUGCCGAGUAUGGAGUUACAUUCGGGUCAUCGCCACCAACUCACGCUCGUGUCUCAAGGGAACGGUGGCGGUCCCUUCAUAUGUUGUGAUUGUGACGAACAGGGUUCGGGUUGGGCGUAUCAGUGCAUUGACUGUGGGUAUGAAGUGCACACCAAGUGUGUUAAGCCUGUGGUUCAGACCUCUAGUGGUUGAUCAAUUAGUUAAGAGAUUGACUCCAUUUGAAUACCUUUCUAUGAUUAAUUAAUGUCUAACUAAUUAAUAUUUGCAUGCCUACCAAAUGGUGGCAUAUGGGUUGAUGGUAGAUUUUGGAAUGAUUAAUUGUGUAUGAUAAUCUUGAAUUACGUA